AUGUCAUCCCAGGAGCUUGUACCACAAACAGAAUCCAUUGCGGAGGUCUACGCCACAGAUGACGCUUCAUUUAACUCAGUUGCACCAGAGCACCAGCAGCGAUGGACAAACCUCAUCACUCAAUUCAAUAAAACUUAUAACCACCGUCCGGACUUUGUGGCGCGUAGUCCCGGCCGCGUGAACAUCAUCGGCGAGCACAUCGACUACUCACUAUACGAUGUCUUGCCGACUGCCGUCAGCGUGGACGUGAUUAUGGCUGUCAAGGUCGUCCCGGCCAGCACCACGGAAAGUACCAUCACGAUCGCCAAUGUCUCGCCGGAGAAAUUCCCCACCCGUGAAUUCAGCGUGUCACACGAUAAAGAUGUCGAGAUCGACCCCAAGAAGCACGAGUGGGUGAACUACUUCCGCGCCGGCCUGUCCGGUGCCCUCAAGUUCCUGCGCAAGGAGAAUAGCUCGCUCGUCCCUGCCAGCAUGCAGAUCUUGGUCGAUGGAAAUGUGCCCCCAGGCGGUGGUAUCUCCAGUAGUGCAGCCUUCGUUUGCGCCAGUGCUCUGGCUGUCAUGAAGGCCAACAACCACAACGUUUCCAAGCAGGAUCUGCUAGACCUGGCUGUUGUCUCGGAGCGGGCUGUGGGUGUCUACUCGGGCGGCAUGGACCAAGCAGCAUCAAUCUUCUCCAAGCGCGGCUACCUGCUGUACACCGCAUUCUACCCCCAAUUCGCCGCGCACCACGUAGCGAUCCCCAAAGCCGCCGACGAAAUCACCUUCCUCAUGGCACAGAGCUUCGUCACCUCCAACAAGGCCGAUACCGCCCCACGCCAUUACAACCUGCGCGUAGCAGAGUGCACUCUCGCCGCCGUGAUCCUCGCCAAGCACCACGGCGUGACCCUUCCAAAGGAUAACAGCUCCCUCGGCUACAGCCUGCGCAACUUCCACAACCAGCUCAUGACCAAGGAAGGCCGUCUGGGUGAUCCGCUGGAGUACCAGAUCGACUCCGUGAUCCAGGCGACGCAAGACCUCUUUACGAAGGAGGAGGGCUACACUCGGGAAGAGAUGGCGCAGCUUCUAGGGCUCAGCGUAUCGGAGCUUGAAUCGACCUUCCUUUCAGCAUUCCCCGUGCAGGCGGAGCGAUUCCAGCUCCGACAGCGAGCCUUGCACUGCUUCAAGGAAGCACGCCGGGUCCUUGAUUUCAAGGCCUGUUUGAGUAACGCGAAGGAGUUGGACGAGAAGCGCAUUCACUAUCUUGGACAGUUGCUCAAUGAAUCGCAGGAGUCGUGCCGUACAGCCUAUGACUGCAGUGCGCCGGAGGUUGAUGAGAUAUGUACCAUUGCGCGCAAGGCGGGCACUUGGGGCUCACGGUUGACUGGUGCCGGAUGGGGUGGCUGUACUGUGCAUAUGUUGCCGCAGGGCAAGGUCGAGGCUGUUACUGCUGCACUGAGGGAUGAAUAUUAUCUCAAGAAAUUCCCGGAUAUCAGCAAGGAGAAAUUAGAGCAGGCUAUGGUUAUUAGCAAGCCGUCCAAUGGGUCAUUCUUGGUUACGGGAGCUGCUAUUGACCAGAUCCCUCUCUAA